CAUAACCUUAGCAACACAUGGCAACGAUGUGUUUAUACACAACAUUCUAGUGUUGAGGAGGCGUUGGGUUGCCAUGCUGAGAAGACACCUCUGAGGAAACUGCACAUAUUGUAAAGAAGAAGAAAGGUUUCAUCACGUAAUUUGUCCUAGACGUGAAGAAGGCAGUCAUGAUGUUGCAGAAUGUCCAGAUCAGAGACGGGGAAUACACCAAAACCAUAUACUCGUUGAUUAAAGAGCAGCGAUACAGUGAGGCUGUGCAGAUACUUAACCAUAUUAUAGAGUCUUACUCAAGUUCCCGUGCUGCUUUGUCCCUCCUGGCAUACUGCUACUUUUACAUGCAAGACUUUGUAAAUGCAGCCAACUGCUAUGAACACCUCACCAUCAUUUUCCCUGAGAUUGAGGACUACCGCCUCUACUAUGCACAGGCAUUGUACCAGGCAUGUCUGUAUGAGGAGGCAAUGAAAGUGACCCAUCAGAUAGAAGCACCAGAGUAUGCUGGCCACAUCACAAAGCUUCAAGCAGCCAUCAAAUAUGGGGAAGAAGACCUUCCAGGGGCCAAAAGCCUGGUUGAUCAGUGUCCCACAGAUGACCCUGACACAGAAGUCAACCACGGAUGUCUCCUGUAUAAGGAAGGACGGUAUGAAGAAGCCUGCCAAAAGUUUAGCAGUGCAUUACAAGUGGCAGGAUAUCAGCCCCAUUUGUCAUACAACAUUGCACUGUGCCACUAUCGUCUCAAGCACUUUGCUCCUGCCCUGAAGCAUAUUGCUGACAUAAUUGAGCGUGGUAUUCGAGAGCAUCCGGAACUAAGUGUGGGCAUGACUACUGAGGGUAUCGAGGUGCGUAGUGUUGGUAACACACUUACACUACACGAAACUGCACUCAUCGAAGCAUUUAAUCUUAAAGCUGCUAUAGAGUACCAGCUAAAAAAUUACGAGGCUGCUCGUGAAGCACUGACUGACAUGCCUCCACGCUCAGAAGAAGAACUUGAUGCCGUUACACUCCAUAAUCAGGCUUUGAUGAACAUGGAAAUGAAACCAACUGAAGGAUUUGAGAAAUUGCAAUUUCUUUUGGGCCAAAAUCCAUUUCCUCCAGAAACUUUUGGAAACCUCCUCCUUCUCUACUGCAAGUAUGAGUAUUACCACUUGGCAGCUGAUGUUCUUGCAGAAAAUGCUCAUCUCACUUAUAAAUACCUAACACCGCACCUGUUUGACUUUCUGGAUGCCCUGAUUACCCAACAAACUGCUCCCUCAGAAGCAUAUCGCAAAUUUGAUGAAUUAGGAUCACGUCACAUUGAAUUACUGCGGAAGCUCACGAAGGUGGUUCAAGAGGCACGACAGAAUCAUGAUGAUGAUCAAGUUAAGACUGCUGUCAAUGAAUAUGAAGAAGUUUUAGAAAGGUACAUCCCAGUGUUGAUGGCUCAAGCAAGAAUAUAUUGGGAUCUAGAGAACUAUUCUCAAGUUGAGAAGAUUUUUCGCAAGUCAGUAGAGUUUUGCAAUGAAUCUGAUGUUUGGAAAUUGAAUGUAGCCCAUGUUCUUUUCAUGCAAGAAAAUAAAUUUAAGGAAGCUACUGGGUUUUAUGAACCCAUUGUGAAGAAAAAUUACGAUAAUAUCCUGAAUGUUAGUGCCAUUGUUCUGGCCAACUUGUGUGUGUCUUACAUUAUGACCAGUCAGAAUGAGGAAGCUGAGGAACUCAUGAGGAAGAUUGAGAAAGAGGAGGAGCAACUAGCCUAUGAAGAUCCAGACAAGAAGAUAUAUCACUUGUGUAUUGUCAAUCUUGUUAUAGGGACACUGUACUGUGCCAAAGGUAAUUACGAGUUUGGUAUUUCCCGAGUGAUCAAGAGUCUGGAGCCUUACAACAAGAAGCUGGGAACUGACACCUGGUAUUAUGCCAAGAGAUGUUUUCUUUCCCUCAUAGAAAACUUAGCCAAGCACAUGAUAACUGUCAAAGACUCAGUCAUUCAAGAGUGUAUACAAUUUCUGGAGCACUGUGAAGUGUAUGGAAGGAAUGUGAAGGGGGUAAUAGAACAUCCAUUAGAAGAAAUGGCCAUCCAUCCUGGAAAGAACACUGUCACAUACGAGUCAAGGCUUCUGAAAGCUCUACUUUUACAGAUUCAGCGCAUGUAAUUUUAAGACAAUUGGGAAUACAGUAAUGCCUGCAUAUUUUUCUAGUCAUUUAUAUUUUAAUUAUCUGCCAUUAUUAUUAUAAUCAAAAUGAAGUGUUAAACCUACAAGGGUCAAUACUUUGCCAUAACAUACAAAAAUGUUUUAUCAUACUAUGGGUGGUAAGAACCUGUCCAGUACACUGUACUGUAUACUGACUUAGUAACAUUCAUAAGAAGUAAAUAGAGUUUAUCAAUACUGCAUAUACACGUAUACAAAGUCCAGUACGUGACUGAUUACUGUUUAACAUUUUGCAGCUGAAAAAAACAAAUUAUAUUCAAAUACACAAAAAAGAAAUAUUAUAAGUUAUAUUCAUAAGGCACUAAACUUGGGUGGAUAGUUUUAAGUGUAUAAGAGUGCAUUAAAAAUAAACUUGUAUAUCAAAAUA